UGAUUAACAUUAUGGGCUUUACUAUAGAAAGAGUAGCUUGAAUUAUCCAGGUGGGCCCAAUGUAGUCACACAAGUCCUUUUAAAGCAGGGAAAUUUCUCUAGCUGAGGCAAAGAGAUGCAGCAGGACAAGAAGUCAGAAAGAUUCCAGUUGUGAGAAGGAUUCCACACUCCGUUGCUGGCUCUGGGACAUCCUCUAGCUGGCUCUGGGACAGCCUCUAGCUAUCAAAGGUGGCUCCCAGUUGACAGCCAGCAGAGCAACACAGAGACCUUGAUCCUGCAGCGAGAGGGAACUGGAUUCUGCUAACAGCCUGAAUGGAUCUGGAAGCUUGCCAGAGACUACUGAUAAGAGCCCUGCUUGUCGACACCUUGAUUUCAGUCCUGGUGAAACCCAGAGCUGAGAAACCAGCAGAAUCUGGAGGACUACUGACCUGCAGAAUGAGCUGUCAUCCUCUGCCCCAUCUGACUUCACAGAAAAGAUCUGCUUCAAGACGGGGUGUCAACUGCUACGAGAACCAAGGUGGGGUUCGGCAAGCUGCCAUCUGCAAACAUUCAAGUUCUCAAGAGUACACGUCUGUUUAAACCAGAGGAGCCUUCUUUUGCUCAUGUGCUGAAGUAGACAAGCAUCAUUGGCACAAAGGUGGCCGGGUUCGGCAGCAUGACGAAAAUACUGCUUUCCUAAAUUGAGAACAGCUGGGGCUGUGUUGCCAACAAGUAUAAAAGAGUUGGUGCCGGUGCUCUGUGUUGGGAAGAAGUCUUUGCUCUCUGGACCUCGUGGAGCUUAAGCCGAAGGCACCCUUUCCUCAUCCGUGUCAUGGUGGUGGGAUAGUGACACCUUUGGGAAAAAGAAAAUUGGUUUCCCCUCUUGAAAGUGGCGAGUGUACAGCAGGUAGCUGCAUGGAGGGAACAGUAAUCAGAUGGCUACCUUCUACCUUUUGUGCUAGGAAACAAAAUCAGUUAUAGGAAUCCAUGUUGAUCUCAGAAAUAGAAAGAUUUAAAACCGUUAAGUUUGCACAAAGAACAAGAACUUUACCAUCUUUUUGAUCCGAAGAUUGGAGAACAAUGGAUAUUAUAGAGACAGCAAAACUUGAAGAACAUAUGGAAAAUCAAACCAAUGAUCCUGCAAAUACUUACACGAGACCUGCUGAGCCUCCCGAAGAAGAAAACAAAAAUGGCAACAGUAAACCUAAGAGCUUAUCCAAUGGGUUGCGAAAGGGCACCAAAAAGUACCCAGACUAUAUCCAAAUUGCUAUGCCCACUGAAUCAAGGAACAAAUUUCCCCUGGAGUGGUGGAAAACAGGUAUUGCCUUCGUGUAUGCUCUUUUCAACCUCGUCUUAACAACCGUUAUGAUCACAGUUGUACACGAAAGAGUGCCUCCCAAGGAGCUCAGCCCUCCACUACCAGACAAGUUUUUUGAUUACAUUGAUCGGGUAAAAUGGGCAUUUUCUGUAUCAGAAAUAAAUGGGAUUAUAUUAGUUGGACUAUGGAUCACCCAGUGGCUGUUCCUGAGAUACAAGUCAAUAGUAGGACGUAGAUUCUUUUUUAUCAUUGGAACUUUAUACCUGUAUCGCUGUAUCACAAUGUACGUUACUACUCUUCCUGUGCCUGGAAUGCAUUUUCAGUGUGCCCCAAAGCUCAACGGAGACUCUCAGGCAAAAAUACAACGGAUUCUACGAUUGAUUUCUGGUGGUGGAUUGUCCAUAACUGGAUCCCAUAUCUUGUGUGGAGACUUCCUCUUCAGUGGUCACACUGUUGUGCUGACACUUACUUAUUUGUUCAUCAAAGAAUAUUCACCUCGUCACUUCUGGUGGUAUCAUUUAAUCUGCUGGCUGCUGAGUGCUGCUGGGAUCAUCUGCAUUCUUGUAGCACACGAACACUAUACUGUUGAUGUGAUCAUUGCUUAUUAUAUUACAACACGGCUGUUUUGGUGGUACCACUCAAUGGCCAAUGAAAAGAACUUGAAAGUCUCUUCACAGACUAAUUUCUUGUCUCGAGCGUGGUGGUUCCCCAUCUUUUAUUUUUUCGAGAAAAACGUACAAGGCUCAAUUCCUUGCUGCUUCUCCUGGCCACUCUCCUGGCCCCCUGGCUGCUUUAAAUCUUCAUGCAAGAAGUAUUCACGGGUUCAGAAGAUAGGUGAAGAUAAUGAGAAAUCUACCUGAGGAGCAAAACAAAGGCAUCAGCUCUUAUACCAAAAGAGUUAACGCUGUAACCAAAGGUAUAGUUUUGGGGUUUUAUUUUAGAAGAACUGACUGGCAAAAUGAAGAAGUGGACCAAAUUUCGUGUAAAUGAUUAGAAAGAUGAACGAGGUAUUACCCUUUGACUGGUUUUUUUAUUCAUCCUGAGAAAGGUAUAUUCUCCUGCAGCUCUUCAUUGGUGACAAGCCCCCAAACUGGGAUUUUACUAAUGAGCUUGUUAAAGAGGUGCCAAAGAACAUACUAUUCCUUUCCUUAUUCUUUAUCCACUAAAGCCCUCUACUGAGUUUUUUCAGGAUUUUUUUUCCUCCAAGGUCAGAAGAAUUUGUUAAUGUUUUAAACAAAAUAUCUGGAUAUAUACAGCUACUGUGUAAAUAGAAUAACCUAAUGUGAGCGUGGUCUUAGCAUUAGGCUUAUUAAUGAGGGGGAAAUCUAUCGGUUGUAAGUAAACUUGAGAUGAACUUUGUUUUCCACCUUGUGAUGGGGAAAGUCUGGGUCAGGUCUGGGAAUGUGCACUGCUGCUACCACCCAAUGCACUAUGUAUCACUUUUACUUUUUUUUAAAAUGAUAAUUUUAUAAAAAAAAAAAGGAAAGGUGAUCUAAUAUGGAAGUAUUUGACACAUCUCACAGAUUUUAUGUGUGUAAAUAUUUCACUUUAAAAUCUCUAUGAAACACAGAGCUAUUUCUGCUAAACAAGUGGUCCUUGUGUAUACAUUUAUAUGCUAUCUGCCUGGUAAAUUUGCAUCUGGCGCCCCCAGAGCAGUCUGCUGCUCCAGCACAGGCCGAAAACAUGUAUGUAUGUGAAAGUAUGCUCAUGCCACUUGGGGAACAAGCCUGUGUUUCUCUCCCGUCCUACCCUGGGUGAGCUCUGUUUGACAGCUGCUAAUUGGAACUCAGAAAUGCAGUUGGUCACAUUUCACGGAAAGCUCUUUCUUCCUAGCUACAUUGUACUUUAUGGAAAAGCCAAGAUGGAAUCCAAAAGUGUAAUGUAUCCUUGCCUUUUAGCAAAAGACUCAGCUUCUUAUAGACUGGUCCUAAGGACAUAUGCCACAAUUGAGUAAUUUGACUUUGAUCUUGAAAUUACACCACGGUGCUGCACUAUAAUCUACUGUUGGAAUCAGUCCUCUAGACAGUUACAGCUACUCAGUAAAGGAGGACAACUGUUUCUAAAGUUCUUUGAGGUGAUACAAAAAGAAGAUGGAUUUUUAAAAAUCAGAUCAGAUUAAUGUGGUCACUUGGUUCAUUUCUUGAGACUUCUAGCAACUCUUAAAAAAGAUUUAUGGUUACAGAAUCAUCCACACUAGAUCAGCAGACAGGCCAAUGUGGUAGAAACGGGCAGUUACUUUUAUUUUGAAGGUGAAAAUUUCCCUUCACAUGAGAAUGAAAAAUAUCCCUUAAUUUGUCAUUAUAAACUAGUUUGCCUUGAUUUGGUACACAAAAUUGACCUUCAGAUUGCUUGAGAGAAGCACAAAUAUAAAUCUUUUCAGAAAGGUCAUUUUUCUGGUGCUAAAAUUCUGUGUAUGUAUGCAGUAUGGCUCUUUCCCUAGGUAAUAGAAGAAUCACUGAAGGGGAGAGGUAGUUGAGUUCAAAGGCAGGAAAAAAAGAUACUCUUCAUCUACUUAUUUAAAACGAGAAUUGAAAUCCUGAAUAUCUUUGGCAGGCUUUGAAACGCGAGGAGUUUUCUGGUAUUUGUUAUUAAAUAAACCAAUAAGAAAUAUAUCUAUAGCUUACCAGAUGUGCUUGGGCAGAAUUCUCUCAUUUGUUAAAUAUUGACAUCUGUGAUACUUAAGGCGUUGUGCUCGAAAACACAGAGUUUUAAUUCCUGCUGUCUGAUUAUUAGAAAAAGCAUCUGACACUGAAGCCUGGGUUUUGUGCUCUUGACAUUGGUAUAUUCCUUGAGCAUCAUAACCUGAUAGACCCAAGAGCCUUAUUCAGGAGUGUCCUAGAUAACCUACUUUUCUUCAGCUUAAAUAAGGAAGAGUAUUUAAGAUUGAAGAAUCAUGAUAUGUUAAUUAUUGGAGACCCUCUAAACAGUAAACCUUGCAUUUUGGUCAAGUGAUGCGGUUUUUUAAAAAAAAUAUACCAUCACCUUUUAAAGAACUUUAAAAACCUCUCUGACCUCAUGUGUGGAGACACUAUUGCUCAUGUGUUCCUUACAUGUAUGUGUCAUAGAUGUCUAAUAGACACUGAGGAAGCAUGUGAUUUGAAGAGAAGGAGGAAAAACACCAAAGUUUCAAGAUGGGAAAAUAAAAGAAAUAGAGAAACUCCUUUACAUUUAGCAAAGCAAACUUGAGGCUUUACCUCACAUGCUACUUCGUGAUUUAAAACUUAAACAUUACUAUCUUGCCUUUGAAAUGGUCAAAUUUUGGAGCUCCUUUUCCUUGCUAAUUACCAUGCAAGAUUUUACCCAUUAUUCUUGUGUUUGUAGACCAGUGCUCCCGUUUGAAGCUUUUCUUGUAAUUAGCCCUUCUGCACAAUAUAAUGUAUGAUUCCCAUAAAUUAUGGCAUAUUUGUUCCAAAUUCUUUUAAAUGGAAAAUGGGUUCCUCUCAGAUUCUAUUUUUUGAGCUCCUCUGCAGCUCUGAAAAUACAACAUUGCUCCCGGUUCCACCCAAAGUAUUUUAAAUUUGUUGUUUAAUUUACUGGCAUCUUGGAAAACGAGGUUUGCUGAGGAAGGAAGGCUGUUUUGGGCAGACGAGCCCAGGCCCCUGGUCUAGUGUAAUGAUGACCUUGCAGAAGGUUCUUUGCUGUAUACCAGUGCCCCCUCGUGGAAAUACAUUAUGUGACUCGGAACGCAAACUUGACACUAUAGAGUAUAUUUUCAAGUUUUUAAAAGACGUUUAUUUGGGGUUUUGUUUUGGGUUUUUUUGCCAGUAACUUGAAAGCAUCAUGCAAAAGGGAUUACUUUAAAGGUAUUUUAAACCUUUCCUGAAGGGAAGAUGUGCUUAGAUCCCAGGGAGUUGCAAUUCUGGUCUCUUGUCCAUUUGAUCAAAGAAAAUUUGCAGACCAUUUUACCUCUCAUUAUCACAAUCAUUAAUGUCUCCCUUUAUAACUACCUAUACUUUGUUUACUUUGAAACACCAGGUUGGCAGUCUUUCUUAUUUUUUAUUUUUAUUUUUUUACAUGCUAGAGCUCAUGCAGUUUCUUUUAAAGUUCACAUCUUGUUUCUUCAAUAUUUUAAACAUUUCCUUUUUAUUUCUUUGUUGUUUUUGUUUUGCACUGUAAAACUAUUUAAAAAUUUAAGCCGGUCUUAACAUAUUCACUUCUGUAGUGCAAGGAAGUGUGAGAAGGAAUUUCUUGAUAAAUGAGUUUACAAGUUUUAAAUGGAGCAUAUUAUAAGUAAUAUACUCUGUGUUGAAGGCUUUUCUAUUUGUAUGUAUAAAUAUUUCUGGUAUUUUUUUAAUGUCCUUGUGUUGCAAUAAUUUAACUCCUUUGACUUACUUGCUAAAAAUAUUUCUUCUAUUAAGAAGUGCUCUUGACUUCAAUACCUAAACACUGAAAAUCAUGUCAAAGGUACCCAAAGAUAAGUUUUUAUACAGAUACACACCUUUUAAGUUCUGAUUUAUUUUAUUACUCAUUAAUCUAACUAUGCUGUGUUCUAAAUGAAUCAUGAAUGAGAAUAGUUCUUUUAUUAUGGAAUUAUUUAAAACUGUCCUUUAAAAGAAAAAGAAGAAACUGUAAACAUAAGCUAAUCUAGUUGCCAAGUUGGAAUUCAUUAUUUAAUUUACCUCCUAUGCAAUGAUUAAUGCUGCAAAAUGUAUGGUUAUGUUAUAGUAUAUUCAUAAAAGAAAAAGCAUUACAAGGUUUGAGAGGUAGCCAAUUGCAUUCUUUCGGAAAUUUACCGUACUGUUUCAAUGUGUUAAGUGCCUUGUUGUAAAGUAAAAUUUUAAGUCUAGAAUUCAUUAUUUUCCUGACAUAUUUUUCAUUAUGAUAUAUUACUGUAUGCUAUUGUAAUAGUUUUAUUAAAUGCUUAUAUUUUAAUCAAACAUGUAAAUUUCAGAAGCUCUUUUCUCCUACCCCCAGUACCUUAAUCAUUGGUCUAUCAUAUAGAAUUUGUGUUCAGGUUUGUUGUUGUUUUUUAAAGAGGAAAUUAUCUUUGUUUAGAAAUGUUUUCCGUGCUUUUGCUUUUGUGUUUGUAAAAACAUUUCAGGAGGAAUUUAGGAGUGGAAUGAUAGUUUAUACUUCUAAAAAUGCCAUUUUACAUUUACAUUUUAAGUGCCUAAUUUUUAAAACUAAUUUAUGUUUCUACUCUAAAGAAGAUAUAUGUACUUGGUUUCUAAUCUCCUUGGCUUUGCUUUAAAAAAAUAGCAAAGAAAAAAAAAAAAAGCAAGAGCCUAUACUUUGUAUUUACCAAUAAACCACAGUGACAUCAA